UCUAGUACUCAGUCACACCUGUAUCGACAGAUACCGCGAGAGGUGAGCCGGAGUGGCUACGCUGAGUAGCAAUCAGCAGUGCGGGAGGUGCGUAAUCCAUGGUUCAGGAGAAAUACGGGGUACAGUUGACGUCGGAGGAGCGAGAACGGCUCCGGCAAUUGAUCCGAAGCGGCCAGCGGUGUUCCGCACCAAACGGCGGUACGCCGAAGAAG